AUGCCGCGGGAUAUAUAUUUCCACGUCAGCCAUUGCCCUCCGAACCGUGAUUUUGUUCGUGAUUUUGCUGUCCCUGGAAUCCAAGAUGUUAUCAGAGGUCCUGCGGUUGGUACGCAUGCUAUUAUCUACUGCAGCCUUAAGGAUGUGGCGGAGGAGGUUGCCCAGAUGAUCGAUGCUCCGGUGUACCACUCUAAGUCUGGCAGCGUCGAGGAGAAGGCGGAGGUCCUUCUGCAAUGGCGAGCUGGAGAACCGUCUUAUAUCGUGGCUACGUCUGCAUUUGGCAUGGGUAUCGACCAUCCGGCGGUCCGGUGGGUAGUGCAUGUCGGGGUACCGUGGAGUGGUAUCGACUUUGCGCAGGAGGUUGGACGACUUGGACGGGACGGAGGCGGAGGGCAAUCGGUCGUUUUAAUUCCCGCGCAGUGGAAGGCCACGACAACUGACCGAAAUGGACGACCACUGGACGGCGCUGAAGCGGCAAUGCAGAGCUACAUCGGGGCCAGUGGCUGUCGGGUGUUGGAGCUAUCGCGUUUCCUCGAUGGUGACGGUAGUCCUUGCACGCGAGAGGCACUAAUGUGCGAUAGGUGUCGGGAUGCUGGUGCGGUCCAGCUACCUGCCAGUCCGUCUAACGGACAUGGGCAGAGUUUAGAGGAGACGGACGGGGAUGAUGACCUAGGAGAUUUACAGGCUGGGGCGGAGCUACUUCAGACUCGGAUACAGGGGCAGGAACGCGGAUUGGCGGACUAUAUAGCGUCUCUGGAAACGUGGCGCGGAGUAUGUAUGAUCUGCUACCACCUCCCCCGGGCGGGGUCCGGGCAAGCCGGGCAUGCACGGCAUGGGCUCGCAGGAUGCGUGAAUCCGGAGCGGUUUUGGUUCUUCGAGGCGAAACGGGAGGCACAGUCCCACGGACAAGGACGUGGGGGGUGGUUCGGACGGUAUAGUAGUUGCUACCGGUGUUUUAACCCGCGGGUUUUGUGUGAGCAGGUGGGGGCCGGAGGGUGCGAGUUUGCAGAUCUUGUGAUGCCUACUUGCUGGGCGAUCUUUCAGAACAAGAGCUGGGUUGCGGGGAACCUUGAUGAACUCGGCGGCGGACAUGUGGCGGAGGACGAGGCCGGGUAUAUGUUAUGGCUUAGAGAAGAAUAA